AUGUUGCCAUUUACUCUUGCUGCAUUGGUCUGUCUCCUAGGUUUGGGUUCAGCUCAAGACCUCAUCUCAGAUCCAGGAACCGCGGGACCCCCACUUGAACUGGUGCACUUGUACUACGAUGAGUGGCCAACGGGCAUUGCUGUAUCGUCUACUGGGCGCAUGUUUUCUAACUAUCCCCCCGGAUUCGAUCCAAACAACACGAACAACGGUCAAAAUGGCAAAUACACCGUUGCCGAGCUUACUUCGAACACGACAGAGAAGGCUUAUCCUACUGUCGAGAUCAACAAUCCACCAGGUGGCGCUAUCAACUACUCCACCUACCCUGCCAGCGGCGCAAACUUUCAAGACCACCUCAUUGGCGUCCAAUCCGUGGUGAUUGACCCUCUGGACCGCCUCUGGAUCUUGGACACCGGCCGUGCUCAAACUCCUAACGGGACGCUCGUUCCGUCUACGUACGGUGGUCCCAAACUCAUCGGUGUGGACCUUUCCAACGACACUGUUUUCAAGACCAUCGUCUUCCCUGCCGACGUCGCGUACUCGGAUUCCUAUCCAAACGAUGUCCGUUUCGACCUCCGUCCUGACGUGACGGCUUCCGGCGCGGGUAUUGCGUACAUCACAGAUUCAUCCGACGAGGGACGUAAUGGGAUUAUUGUCGCCGACCUUGGGACCGGUGAAAGCUGGAGGCACUUAACCGGCAACCCUAACGUUCAUCCAGAGAAGCAAUUCGUUGCGAGCGUUUGGGGUCAAACGCUGUAUUCAAUCCCCGGCCCGGACAUGCCACUCGCAUAUUGGACAACUGGAAGCGACGGCAUCGCACUAUCUGCCGAUGGUGAUGACCUCUAUUUCGGACAGGUUGCAGGCAGGUAUUUACAUUCAGUCCCCACAAAGUAUCUCCGCGACCGCAGCCAAAACUCGGACCUGUUAGCGCAGGGUUCCAUCCAGAGCCGCGGCCAGAAAGGCGUUAGUGAUGGGUACGAGACUGACUCCAACGGUCUAAUUUUUGUGGGCAACAUGGAACAAAAUGCUGUCAACUGGUUCAACCCACAAAACGCCACGACAGAGGUGUUUGUCCGGGACCCGAGGAUCAAUUGGGUCGAUACUAUGUCAAUUGGUACGGACGGCUAUCUAUACUUCACCGUUAACCAGCUUUGUUUUGCCUCGUCGUUCUGGCCUGGCACAGACAGACGGCAGCGGCCAUUCGCGCUGUUUAAAGUGAAGCUUCCUGAUGGUGGAAGCAAGGUUUUGCUGCGCUAA